CAACGAAAUUUCCUUACGUCGACUAUUCUGAUGUUAAAUAAAUGACACUUGUUAAUCAUAACAUCAACUUUAUUUUUUAAAAGCGUUAUAUAUGACCGUGUUUUUGUAUUUUUGAAGAGGCACUGAAAAGCGCGUUUCUGAGCGUUGUAAACAGUUGUCGGGAUCAGUGGUCGGGACGCGCAGGAUGGUCACCUGAAAAUUAAACAUGAGAUUUUUCAUGCGUAAAAUAGUGAUCAUAGUUGUUCUAGCGUAUGCGAUAUUUUCACUCUAUGCAGCAUAUAACGUGUUCUUUAAUAAAAGGGUUGUUUCUCGUGUGCAUCGAGUAGUCAAAAAAGGCUCUGCGACUUUAGAUAAUGGGAAAGCAGGUGAGGAAGAGUGGAACCCAUGGGAGGAAGACGAACGUGAGCAAUCCAUCGUUGUUCAGAAAAACCGAGAUGCUUUCAAAUCAUACCAAGAUCGUAUGGCCAAGAACAUGCCAAAAAGAUAUAAAGUUCAGAUCUGGGGAAAAGCUGCCAUAGGUCUUUAUCUGUGGGAACAUAUUUUGGAGGGGCCUCUUAACCCACCUGACAGAUCUAGUCAAUGGAGAGAGGGAGAGAUUCAGUCGGGGAAGAUCAAUUUUAGUUUCUACACAGGGCCAGCAGUGGUCCAAGGACACAUAUCUCUUGACACAGACAGUGGGGUGUUGGUGUUAAAUGGCCGUGUUCAGCAAAAAAUUUCCUACUCCAUCCAGUGGCUUCAGUAUGUCCAGGGACUGGUUCAGGCUCACUCUCUGUCCCGGGUAGCGGUGGUCCUUUUGGGCAAUGAGCAGUGUAAUAAUGACUGGAUCAGUCCUUACCUGAAGAGGAAUGGAGGUUUUGUGGACCUGCUGUUUCUUGUGUAUGACAGUCCUUGGGUCAACAAUAAAGACAUCUUUCAGUGGCCUCUCGGUGUUGCCACAUACAGGAAUUUUCCCGUCAUCACUCUUAACAGUCAGAUGGUGAACUCUGCCAGGCCAUACCUCUGCAACUUUCUCGGGACAGUCUAUAAAAAUUCCUCUAGGGAAACUCUGAUGAGCAUCUUUAAGCAGAAGGGAAUGGAGAAAGAGUGUUUAAUGCUUGCUAGAGAGAAGUGGUUUCCACAGGAGACGACAGACACUUCCAGAAAGUACCAGAUGGCCCUAGCGCAAAGUGACCUCACUCUUUGUCCAGUGGGAAUAAACACAGAGUGCUAUCGCAUCUAUGAAGCCUGCGCCUAUGGCUCUGUGCCUGUGGUGGAGGACGUCCUGACUCCAGGUGCCUGUUCAGCCGGCACCCGGUCCCCACUCCGACUACUUAAGGAUGCAGGAGCACCCUUCAUCUUUCUCAAGGACUGGAGGGAGCUGUCUGGUAUCCUGGAGAAAGAGAGAGGCAUGAGCCAAAAAGAGAAAGCAGAGAGGAGAAUGAGACUGUUAGAGUGGUACAACGGCUUCCGUCAGCAGAUGAAGGACAAAUUCACAGAGGUCCUGGAAGAUGCCUUUUUCAAAGUCAGUUAGGAUGAACUUGAAAGUCAAUCGGAAUUAAGAAAGUGAAAUGUGAUUUAUAGAGAUGCUAUGCAUUGAUAUCACCCUUUUUUAGAGACACGUUUAGUUUACAUACAGUGAUGUUUUACUUGUAAUUGUGUUCAUUUGUAAUUUAAAAUUGUUGAUUGGAUAGUUCGCUCCAAAAUGUAUUAUUUCAUCCUUUACUCACCUUCAUAUAAUUCCAAAUCUGGACUUUUUUUUCUCAUGAACACAAAACAAGAUUUUUUGAAGAAUUUUGCACCCAACAUUGGCCCCUUUAUUGACUGCCAUUGUAUGUACACAAACCACUUGAGACAUUUAUCAAAAAAAAUGAUUCCACCGAACAAAGAGUCAAAAACAGGUUUCGAAUAGCAUGAGGGUCAAUAAAUGAUGACAAAAAAUAGUUUGGGGUGAACUAUCCCUUUAAAUAGGUGUUAAUCAGAUGCUGCUGUGCAUUAAUGCUCUCCAUGUUUACUAAGUAUUCAUUUAUUAUAAAUUAUGACAUGUAAUGAAGAAAAUACAAAAUACCUUCAUGUGGUAAAGUGUAUGUUGUUAUCUAACUGGGCUUUCUUUAGUUACUUAGACGGUAACCAGAUAAAAAUUUAAUUUCAUGAAUUUACAACAAGUGAAUGAGUGAGUGAGUGUGUGUGCCCUGCGAUGGGUUGGCACUCCAUCCAGGGUGUAUCCUGCCUUGAUGCCCGAUGACUCCUGAGAUAGGCGCAGGCUCCCCGUGACCCGAGGUAGUUCGGAUAAGCGGUAGAAAAUGGAAUGGAAUUUACAACACUAAAUUUAGUAAAUGUAGAUUUAAAUGCUAAGCAGUUUCAAUUUCAAGUUUUCAAGUUAAUGAUACCCUGUUACAUUACAGUUUUUUUCCUGCUUACAACAUUCCUUCUGUUGUCAAAAAACUUGACCUAAACAGUUUCAACAACUGAGAUUUCCUAUAUCACAACUAAUAAGCUCUCCAUAUUGUUCAUAAGCAUUUACUCAGUAACUUUAAGUCAAAGUCACUGAGUGCUGCUGUGACACAUCAGAGGGGACCUGGCCCUCCCGAGUCCCAACUGAGAAUGGUUUCUCCCGAGGUUUCCUUUUCUCCAUUUAUUUAUUAUUGGAGUUUGGGUUCCUCGCCACAGGGAGACUGCUUUUAUGAGAUAUUAUUUAUUAAAACAAUCCAUGCGCUGUGCUUAUCUGUUUUUCUUCUUUUCUCCUGUACAGCUCCUUUGGAACAAUGCAGAUUGUGAAAAGCGCAAUAUAAAUAAAAUUGAAUUGAAAUGUUUGGACGUGUCACGCGUGUAAAGUUGUUUCCCGCUUAGUGCUAUGUAAAUAAAAC